CUGGAUGUUUGACAGGAAAUUGACAAUUUGACAAGAAAUAGAAAAACAUGGCGUUUUAAUUUAUGUCAAUGUAAUAGAGAUAGAGAAACUUUUCUUAAAAUUUAUAAUAAAGCUGUUGCUCUUUCUCUUCGAAACAAAAUUAUUAUUUUUGAGAUUUUUUAAUCAUUAGCGUUAAUAAUUUGUUAGAACGCAAGUGUACGCGUCAGUGUCUUCACUCUUCAGUUGCAAAAUAUAACAGAAGUUGAUGAGUUUGUGAGGAGUGUGGUGAAGCGCGGCUAUGUCGUACCCGCCGCGUCCGCCGCUCGUGCCCUACGGGCUCGCGCAGGGCGUCGUCACCAUGCCCAUGGCCACUCACGUGAUGGUGGGCGCGUACGGCGCGGGCGGCGCUGCGGGCGGGCGCUCCGCCCUGCUGCCGGCGCCGCCGCCGGGCAAGGCCGCGCACAGGCAGCGCGCCGCCAACGGGGCCAAGGAGACGGACGGCCCUCCUGUCACGGUCUUCAUAGGCAACAUCUCGAGCCGCGCGCCGGACGCCAUGAUCCGCGCGGUGCUGGGCGCGUGCGGCGCCGUCAUCAGCUGGAAGCGCGUCAGCACGUUCGGCUUCUGCGAGUUCGCGGGGCCCGAGGCGGCGCUGCGCUGCGUGCGCCUGCUGCACGAGCGCGCGCUGGCCGACAAGACGCUGCUGGCGCGCACCGACGGCAAGAUGCAGGCGCUGGUGGACAGCUACCAGAGCGAGCAGCGGCGCCUGGCCGACGCGGCGCCCGGCACCGACGCCGACCCCGACGCGCGCGCGCGCGCCGCCGACGACGCGGCCGAGCGCCGUCUGCAGCAGCUGUACCGCGACUACCAGGAGGACAUCAACAACUACGAGCUGCUGCAGAAGGAGGAGGCGAUCUCCAAGACGGCGCGCGUGCUGGAGGAGGCGGACAUCUCGGAGGAGAAGCGUGACGUCAUCCACCGCGAGAUUGGCAAGUUCCGAGAGAGCAUGAAGGAGGAGGCCGACGUGGUGGUGCGCCGCAAGCGGGACGACAAGCCCGAGCGAGACAAGGAGCGCGACAAGGACAAGGAGCGAGACAAGGACAAGGAGCGCGACAAGGAGAAGGAGCGGGACAAGGACAAGGAGCGAGAGAAGGACAAGGAGCGGGACAAGGAUCGCGAGCGCGAGCGUGACAAGGAGCGGCGGAGGAGGAGCGUGUCCAGGAGCAAGGAUCGUCGCGAGGAGCGCGAGAAGGAGCGCGAACGGGAGCGCGAGGAGCGGGACCGGGAGCGGGAGCGCGAGCGCGAGCGGGAGCGGGAGCGGGAGAGGGAGCGGGAACGCGAGCGGGAAAUUCGCGAGAGGGAGAGAGAACGCGAGGUGCGCGAGAGAGAGCGGGAGAGGGAGCGGGAGCGGGAGCGGGACCGCGAGCGCGAGCGCGAGCGCGACCGGGACCGCGAGCGCGAGCGGGAGCGCGAGCGCUCGCGCGGCCGCGGCGAGGCGGACGCCAAGCGCGACAAGGAGCUGGAGGAGGAGGCGCGCGACAAGAAGCGCCUGGAGAAGAAGGCGCGCGAGAAGGAGGCGGCCUACCAGGAGCGCCUGCGCACGUGGGAGAGCCGCGAGCGCCGCAAGGGCAAGGACUACGAGCGCGAGCGCGAGCGCGAGCGCUGCCGCGAGGAGGAGCGCGAGCGCGAGGCCAAGCGCCUCAAGCAGUUCCUGGAGGACUACGACGACGAGCGCGACGACCACAAGUACUACCGCGGCAAGGAGCUGCAGCGCCGCCUCGGCGCGCGCGUGCGCGAGGCCGAGGCCGACGCGCGCGAGCGGGCGCGCGAGCAGGACGAGCUGGAGCAGCUGCGUCGCGCCGUGUUCGGCGAGCGCGCGCCCGACGACCCCGCCGCGCGCGCCGAGUUCGAGCGCGCGCGCCGCCAGCGCGACGAGCAGUACCGGCCGCGCCCGCUGCUGGACGUGACGCUGGCCGGCGAGCUGCAGCGCGAGCGCGAGCAGGCGCGCGCGCGGCGCCGCGAGCAGGCGCGGGCCGAGGCGCGCGCGCGGCUGGAGCGCGAGCGCGAGCGCUAUUUGCGCGCGCAGGCGUCGCGCGAGCUGCCCACCGAGGCCGAGCCCAUCGAGUCGGACUCCAGCGGCGCCUCGCCCGCGCCCGCGCCCGCCGCCUCGCCCGCCGCCUCACCCGCCCGCUCGCCCGCGCGCUCGCCCGCCGGCUCGCUCACGCCGCCCGCGCCCGAGCCGCGCCGCAAGCACCGCAAGCGCCGCCACCGCGCGCCCGAGUCGCCGGCGCCGGGCACGCCGCCGCGCCCGCCGUCCGAGGAGCGCCCGCCCGCCAGCGCCGGCAGCUCGCCCAUCAGCAUCAGCUUCCGCGCGCACGCGCCGCCGCCGCCCGCGCCCGACGCCAGAGCGGAGCGGCGCGUGCACGCAGCCUUCGCCGACGACGACGACGAGCCGCACGCGCACCCGCACCAUGCGCCGCACGCGCACCCGCACCAUGCGCACCACGCGCACCACGCGCACCAUGCGCACCACCGCGGUAAAGACAAAAAGGACAAAGACAAGAGUAAAAAGGCCGACAGCAGCGAGCGCUCCGACAAGCUGGACAAGAGCGACAAGCCGGAGAAGGGGGAGAAGGCGGAGAAGGCAGAGAAGGGGGAGAAGGCGGAGAAGGCGGAGAAGGGCGACAAGUGCGCGGAGGAGAAGCGGAAACACAUCAAGAGUCUGAUCGACAAGAUCCCCACGCAGAAGGAGCAGCUGUUCCAGUACCAGCUCGACACCGAGCAGAUCGACAGCGCGCUGAUGGAGAAGAAGAUCCGGCCGUGGAUCAACAAGAAGAUCAUCGAGUACAUCGGCGAGCCGGAGCCCACGCUCGUGGACUUCAUCUGCAGCAAGGUGCUGGCGGGCUCGGCGCCGCAGGGCAUCCUGGACGACGUGCAGAUGGUGCUGGACGAGGAGGCCGAGGUGUUCGUGGUCAAGAUGUGGCGCCUGCUCAUCUACGAGCUGGAGGCCAAGCGCGCCGGCCUGCACAAGUAGUGACGUCACACCGUACCACACACGUCACACAUGUCCUAUACGUACAGCUGUACAACGACUUCUCUUGUUAUAUUUCAAUUAUUUUUAUAUCAAAUACGAUGAACUUAGUUACACCACCCUCCCGUCUGUCAUGUGUACUUCUGACGUCAAUAUUCACACACUGAAAGCGUACGCUAAUCCAUGUAUUGUAUAUAUGUUAUUUCUGUUCCAAACUGUAUUGUAACCGUAUGUUGGACCUAGUGGAAUCACAAAUAGUACUGUCGGCGUCAAAGAGACUCCGGUGUCACGUCACGUCGCGUCACGUCGCGUCACGUCACGUCACGUCACGUCGGCCGGUGUACAGCUGUGGCAGCGCUACUGUCACGUAUUCCUAGUGGAUGUUGCACAUAUUUCUGUGCGUGUGUGUCGCACACACACGCUUCGAUAACUCAGACUAAUUACAUGAGGACCUGCCGCUAGACGUUAUUUAUCUGCCAAAGUAUAUGGUCAACGAUCUAAUGCGAUUAUAAAAACUCUAUGAAAUCGUAUUCGUCGGUUAAAGAGCUCUAGGUUAGGUUGGUGUAAAAGACGGUCAACAACUUCUAGUUUAGUAUUUACAUAGUACAUUCAUAAACUGACAGACAAUUUUAUUUGUGAAUUUGAGUGCGAUAUUGGUCCUUAUUUAAUUAGUCUGAGAUUGCUAAUGAUUAUGAUAUGAUAUAUAUAAGUGCGCACACACGACGACGGCUCGCGCACGCGGCGGACACCUCGCACGGUGAGAAGAUCGUUGCUGACACUCCCAUGAUAUGCGGGCGACGGGGGGCAAGACUGCGCGGGUGUGAUAUCGUGCGUGCGGGGAAGCGACGUGCAUCAUUAAUGACUGCUAGCUGUGACCUGUAUACAAUAACAGUAGUUUUUGCUGACUUUUUAUUUAUAUUUUAAUCUCAGUAAGUAAUUUUUAAUAACCUUAAUAUUUAUUUUCAACAAUUGUUGUGUUAAAUGUAAAAAAGCAUUUGUAGAUCAGCUGAAAAUUUUAAAAGAUUUAUAACAUUUUUCAACAAUUUUACGAUUGUAUGUCUGUGCGGCGCCGACGUUGUGUGCGCGUAACAUUUGAUACAAUGUUCCCCGCAUACUGACACGUGUCACUUGUUGUUGCGAGAGGAAGCGAUCCUGCCCCUGCAGCCAAGUGGCUCGUCGAUUCUCUUUCUACGAUCGCAAACGCUUCGAAAAUUAGAAAAAUGUAAUGACAUUUGCUGUGGACAGGUCACGUGACCAACAUCUGUCACUCCCAUACAGAGAAUGUAUGGCAGUGACAGAUCGCUUGCGAUCGUAGACAGAAUCCACGAGCCACGUGGCUGCGGGGGCAGGGGAGGAGGCGUUUCCGUAUUCCGCCAUUACAUUGCGUUACAUUACGUUACAUUUUUCAAGAUAACGAGUGAAUGAGUGCGAGACAGAGAGAGUGAACGAGAGCGAGCGCAAAACUGUAGCGAAUAAUAAAUGAAUAAUUCCAAAAUUUA